GCCUGGAUCUGUGGUUUUUAUGGAUUCUUCUCUCAAUAUUGAACCCUAACAGCAGUGACAGUUAGAGAGACCCAACCUCUCUAAGGAGGUUCCAUCCGACUCAAAGGGGACAGAAUCAUGCCAGGAAAAUUAUGAAUUAUUUUUCUAGGAGUGCAAAAAGAAAAAAAGAAGAGGAAAAAACAAAUGUGGUCACUGGCAUUUCUGGAGUAAUAAACACCUGGAUUUUAUAGGACUGUUGGUACUAUUAGGGGUGUGAGAUUAUAAAAUAAUAGAGAUGAACGCUGGUUGGAGGGGUCCCCUGUGAAUUUUUGCUUAGAGUCCAUCCCAACAGCAGCCUGCUGACCAGUUAAAAGAAUGGAGUUUUAAGGCACUUCCAACUUUUCAAAUUAGGAACUGGUAGCUAAAUCUAUCAAGAGGCCACUGGAGAAACUGGGACUUUUGGCACUUCAGCACUGGUUUCAUUUUGCAUUAGUUGCAGCUUGGUUGGGAGACGAUCUCAGAAGAACAUUAACAUUUAACAAAAGAGCUUUAAAAGUUUUAAAAAUCACCAAAUUGCUGUUGGGGCAGAUGUGUCUGUAUAUUAUUUCAAAACUGUAUUUCUCAUUUUUAUAUUUCUCCUUUUAUGGUCCUUUCCCCAGUUUGAUGUCAGAGAAAUCAUGUCAAGUGUCUGUGGUCACUGCUUAUAUAUACAAGUUAGGACAAAGUGCAAUGAUGCUUCCUGAUGAUGCGUUUAUGGUCCAGUAAUUGUUUCCUUUUGUGUAUUGCCUUUUCCUACGGACAAGUACUGCAAACGUGCUGCAGUGCAGUCCUCCAAAAUCCCAACUGCACGUUCCUAGUGGUGGAUGACGUUGUGCGUCAGUCAAACGGUGAUUGGUUGAGAGGUGGGCCGAAACAGGGAAGGAAAGGACAGAUGACUUCCACCAGGAGCAAGAGACGAGCUAAAAAAUAAUAAUGACUACAGCAAGAGAGGCACAGACAGCGGCUGUAGAGGACGCUUUUCAUUUCCUUUAACACUCUGUUUGACUUCAGCUCUUUGUAUUCUGUAACUUCAGUGUUGUCCACGGCUGGCUGACUAGCCCACUCACCUGUAGCCUGCCACCUAUUUUCGGCACUGCCUCCGUCGUCCACGGACUGCCAACGCGUUACCACUACUGUAUGAUGUACACCGAUAUAUAAGUCACAACCCACUGUAUGCUCGAGUCACACUGUAGCUUAUUUCAUACACACCCAGAGGGGAACUUGAGAUAAAGCUGUGAGAGCGACAGUCCUACAAUUUCAUGCGAACCAAGGAUGUCGACGAGUGAAGACCCAGAGAUAGUUAUAAUAGGAUGUGGAGUAUCGGGUAUAGCAGCGGCUCACCGGCUUGUCGAAGCUGGAUAUCAUCAUGUGCGGAUACUUGAGGCGACUGGAAGAAGCGGGGGACGAAUAAAAACGGCAGCUCUGGGUAGCACCAUUACAGAGAUAGGUGCGGCUUACAUUGAUGGCCCAUCUGAGAAGAACCCAUUGUUUUGUCUGGCUCGUGACUAUGGCCUCUUGCCUCCAGAAGCCCUCAAUCCAGAGAACCAGGCUGUAGACGUGGAUGAAGAUCCUCCCUUGGUCCCCAACUGGUUCAGCAGUUCAGGUCAGAGGCUGAGUGCAGAAAGCAUGGAACCAGCUGAGGAGCUGUUUCGUGAGAUUUUGGAUAACGCUUCAAAAUUUCAAAAUCCCCAAAACACAUCCUGGAAGAGUUUAGGACAUUUCAUGCGAACAAAGGCGCAGAACCAAGCAGCAGAAAGGUGGAAAGAUAAGGAUGAAACCACCAGGCAGCUGCUUCUCUCUGCCUUCAGUACUAUGCUGAAGUUUGAGUGCUGUGAAAGUGCCACUCAUAGCAUGGAUGACAUAGACCUGGCAGGGUUUUCUAUGUUUAAGAGCCUACGUGGCGUGGACUGCACGCUUCCAAGAGGAUUUGAGCGCCUAAUCGAGAACUUGAUGUCUGAACUCCCCUCUGAUUUGGUGACCUACAAUUGCCCUGUGCGCUGUGUCCACUGGAGCAACACAGAGGGUGGCUUAAGUCCUGUGACGGUUGAGUGUGAGAAUGGGGAGAGGAUUGCUGCUGAUCACGUUAUUGUCACUGUGCCCUUAGGAUAUCUGAAGAAGCACCACUCCACUCUGUUCCACCCUCCUCUCCCGGCCCACAAGCUGAAGUCAAUCGAGACACUAGGAUUUGGAACAUGUGACAAAAUAUUUGUGGAGUUUGAAUUGCCGUGGUGGGAUGCUGAUUGUGAAAUCAUCUACCUCGUGUGGGAAGACGAGGAGACUGUGUCAGACCAAGUGUCAGAUGUGAGUAAAUCCUGGAUAAGGAAGUUGGUGACAUUCACUGUGCAUAAACCUUCUGAAAAGAGUAGCCAUGUUCUCUGCGGCUGGAUUUGUGGCCAUGAGGCAGAGUAUAUGGAGACACUUCCUGAGGAGAAAGUGAGAGAAUCAAUCACAAAGCUUGUCCGUACAUUCACAGGAAACGGUACCAUCACACCAAAGAGAAUCCUGUGUUCCCGGUGGUUCACUGAUCCCUGGACAUACGGUUCCUACUGUCACCCAGCCAUAGGCUGUACAGCCAAGGACCUGAAGAACAUGAUGGAACCUCUGCCUUCACAGGAAACUCUGUCACAGCCCCUGCAGGUGUUGUUUGCCGGAGAGGCAACCCAUCCUUGCUUUUACUCCACCGUCCAUGGAGCAAUUCUCACUGGGUGGAGAGAAGCAGAUAGACUCAUCACUCACUACUAGGCUUCUGUUAGCCCAUGAAUUCCCUGUAAUCUAAGAAAUUUAAAGAUAAAGACUUUUCUUUUAGCUUUUUUUUUUUUUUUUUUACUAAAAAACAAUCAGAUGAAGUCUUUUAUCUUUUCUGACUGCUCUUUAGUCAGAUAAGAUAAAAGACAAAUCUUAUCUGUGUCUUAUCUGGUGACACUGAGUAAUCAUAGUGGUUGUCUGUUCGCACUAAAAACCACAGUGCUGAAUAUGGGGAAAAAAGAGGGCUUGUGGCAUAGUUAUGUUGAAAUCUGGAGUUCCACUCCUUAUCUGAGUUUAAAGGUUGACACAUUACAUUAUACAUUAGUCAUUGCUAACAUGUUGCCAAGGGAACUUUUACUGGUGGGGUUGUUGGUAAUAUUAAUGCAAGUAAAAUUAUGUUUUUGUUGUGAUUUUAAAAAUAAGAAUAUGCACAAACUGAAUCAACAACAGCCAACAAUUUUAAUAAAAAAUAUCAAAGAAUAA